AUGCAAGGGGGCAGCUUGGGCGCAGGUCCAAGAGAUGGCUAUGACACAGGUUUCCAGGGACCAGUGGGUGGUGGCGGUGUCUUUUUCGGGGGGCCAGGCACAGGUUUCCCUGGGGAUUUUGGUGGACCUGAAGGCCUUUUUCCAGGCAAUGAAAAGCAAACCAUGCAGAACCUCAAUGACCGCCUAUCUUCCUACCUUGAGAAGGUGCGUGCUCUGGAGACGGCCAAUGCUGACCUUGAGAUCAAAAUCCGGGAUUGGUAUGCAAAGCAGAUCACUUCCGGCACCAUCAGCCCUGACCAUGACCACAACAAGUUCUUUGAGACCAUUAAUGACCUGAGGAGCAAGAUAAAGUCACCCUCUGUGGACAAUGCACGGAUGGUCCUGCAAAUCGACAAUGCCAGACUGGCAGCCGAUGACUUCAGGCUCAAGUACGAGAAUGAGCUCUAUUUCCGCCAGUCAAUAGAGGCUGACAUCAGUGGCCUGAAAAGGGUCUUGGAAGAGCAGAACAUGUCCAGGGCGGAACUGGAGGUCCAGAUUGAGACUAUGACCGAGGAGCUGACCUACCUCAAGACGAACCAUGAGGAGGAGCUGCAGGCUCUCCAGGGACAGGCGGCCGGGCAAGUCAACGUGGAGAUAGACGCUGCUCCUGGAGUGGCACUGACCAAGCGCCUGAAAGACAUGAGGACCGACUACGAGGCCCUCACUGAAAGGAACCGCAUGGAAGCUGAGCAGUGGUUUAUCCAGAAGAGCAUGGAAUUAAAAAGGGAGAUGACCAAGGGUGUGGAAGAGGUGCAGACAACCACCACGGAAGUGUCCGAGCAAAGGCGCCUGGCUCAGAGUGUGGAGACCGAGAUGCAGUCUCAGCUGGCUAUGAAAAAAUCCAUCGAAGACUCAUUGAUUGAGACAGAAAACCGCUAUGGGGUGCAGCUGAUGCAGAUCCAGCUGAUCAUCUCCACCACAGAGGAACAGCUGGGGCAG